AUGACGAACACGGAAAACCGUCUCGCUGCCUAUCGAUUCGAUAGUGAUACACUUGAGCUUUCUGUCUUAGACCAACUUCUUUUGCCCCAUGAAACUGUGUUCAUACAGGUCAAGGACACCAAAGAUGCUUUUACUGUCAUUCGAAAUAUGCAGGCAGGUGAUUUUGCCAGUUCAAAGCGGAUCACGAUAACGUGUCGGUCUGCGCGAGAAAUCUUUGUACAAGAAUGGGUGAGAGGAGCUCCUCUUAUUGCUGUAGUAGGAGCGCUUGGCCUGCUUAUUGAGUUGCAUCGAGUGCAUUUUGCAAAUGUUGAUGAGUUUAACCAUUUUGUCGAAGAAAAGGUAGCAUAUUUGAUUGAGUCACGACCAACAGCUAUUAAUCUUCGUAAUGCUUUGGAUCAUAUCCUAGAAGUGGCUAAAGAAGAAGGUGAUGCGGAUGCGAGGAAACAGAGGGUGGCAGAAGCUAUACUGAAGCUACUUAACGAUGAAACUGAAGAGAACCGGAGGCUGAUUUGGAAUGGUUAUCAGGAGAUUUUGAGCCUCAAACCACCACGGUCAAAAUUUGUACUGAUGACCAUCUGUAAUACUGGAGCAUUAGCCACGUCCUCAUGGGGGACUGCCUUGGGGGUCAUAUAUGCUCUGCAUCAAGCGAACCUCGUUGAAAUGGUUUAUGCGCUGGAAACGAGACCUUACAAUCAAUACCAGAAUUUUAAGGGUGUACGCUUGACUGCUACCGAACUUCGCUCGGCAAGAGUACCGUUCAAAUUGAUUACCGAUAGCAUGGCAGCAUGGACUAUGAAAACGCAUAAAAUCGAUGCGAUACUUGUUGGAGCUGAUCAGGUCGCUCUCAAUGGUGACACAGCUAACAAGAUUGGAACCUAUAUGCUAGCUGUGCUAGCAAAACACCACGCAGUGCCGUUUUAUGCUGUGGUGAACCUUUUAUUCUAUUUACGUAACAUUGAGAAAAUCCAGUCGUGUGAGAGACAUUCCGUUUUGUUCAUAGCAGCAUUGCUCUACAAUGCACAUACAUCCGCUUCUUUUGACGCAGCGCAUUUUCUGUUUUUGGUUAUUACGGCAACACCUUUCUAUGUUCCGGUCACCUCCGUGAAUUUAGCGAGGCAAACAGGAGACGGCAUCAGAAUUGAAGAAAGGCCUGCUGCUGAGAUGCUUUCCAUAAACGGUACUUUUGAGGGAUGA